AUGGCAUAUUCCUGGAUGCUUCAACUGCUACUCCUGCAGAUCGUGCAGGUGAAUGCGGCUACUGGUACUGGUACUGGUUGUUACAAUGUGGAGACGCACCAGUGCGAUUGUACGACCUCGGAAGCAGCUUGCCAUGCCAGUGGUCACACAUGGACAGAUGGCUGCAGGACCUGUGACUCCACCACAAACACGCAGCAUCCUACCUGUCAGAAGGCAAAUUCUUGGGGUUGCUUUGCGGAAGCCUCUCACCAAUGCGAGUGCCAGGUCUCAGAGAGCGUUUGUGGCCAAACCUCGGGAAAGACCUGGACCCAUGAAUGCUGGUCUUGCUGCCAUACGUCUUCUUGGGGCUGUUUCGUGCCAGGAAAUGGUGCAGAAUCGGGCUGCCACUGCGACAUUGCCAGCGAGCAGGCUUGUGCGCUCAACUUCCCGGAUGCGACCUGGUCGCACUCAUGUCAUGUAUGCUCGGAUACGGAGACGGAGUCCAAUGGUUGUCGCGAGGCCACUAUUGCCGUGGCUGGCCUCCUAUCAGUAGCCAGCGCAGUUCUGGCCUAG